GCCACUUUUCCUGUCUUGAGGCAGUUCUAACAUAUCAUCGGCUUCAAUUCAGGAAAAAGGGGGGAAAGAGUUUAAAAGCAAAGACUGAAAUGAAAGAGAAUUCACUGGGAGUUCAUCAGACUACAAGAGAAUAGCUGAGUACUUCUGACAAGUGCCUGACAUCAGAAGGAGCAAACAGGCUCUCACCAUGCUACAAAAUCUCGUACUUUUUCUUCUUGGAUUGGUUGUACACAAUUCCUGCUCCCCGCCUGAAACUACAGACCAGGCAAAAAGAUGUGAUAAGAAAUCUCUGCUUACAAUUAGAACUGAGUGCCAGUCUUGCUCACUGAACUUGGGAGUUCAAUGCCCAGAUGGUUCCACCAAGGUUACCAACGGCUCCGUGGGUGUGCGAGAUUGCAGGUACAUCUUCGAGAUCAGGAAGUACUCGCUGUCUCUUCCUGGAUGCCGCCACAUCUGUAGAAAGGACUAUGUCCAGCCUCAGUGCUGUCCAGGCCACUGGGGCCCAGACUGCAUGGAAUGUCCGGGAGGUGCGAGCUCCCCCUGCAGCGGCAGGGGCCUUUGUGCAGAAGGCAUGGAAGGAAAUGGAACUUGUUCCUGCCAGGACGGGUUUGGGGGAACGGCCUGCGAAACCUGUGCUGAAGACAACUUAUUUGGCCCCAGCUGUUCAGCAGUGUGCAGCUGUGUGCACGGAGUGUGCAACAGUGGGAUAGAUGGUGACGGAAGCUGUGAAUGCUACUCUGCGUACACUGGCCCCAACUGUGACAAGCCCAUCCCUGAAUGUGCAGCCUUACUCUGCCCUGAAAAUUCGAGAUGCUCACCUUCCAGCCAAGAUGAAAGGAAACUGGAAUGCAAAUGCCUUCCCAAUUACCGAGGCGAUGGCCACUACUGCGAGCCCAUCAAUCCAUGUUUACAAGCAAUCUGCCAUCCCCAUGCUCAUUGCACGUACCUGGGACCAAAUCGGCACAGUUGCACAUGCCAAGAAGGCUACCACGGAGAUGGCCAAGUGUGCUUACCAGUAGACCCCUGCCAGACUCACUAUGGAAAUUGCCCUACAGAGUCUACAGUGUGCAUAUAUGACGGGCCCGGACAGUCUCACUGUGAGUGUAAAGAACAUUACCACAAUUAUGUCCCUGGAGUGGGGUGCAGCAUAAUCAAUGUCUGUGAGUCUAACAACCCCUGUCACAGGAAUGCUAACUGCACUACCAUCGCACCAGGCCAACCCAAAUGCACUUGCCAGAAAGGUUAUGUGGGUGAUGGCUCAACAUGUUAUGGAAACAUCAUGGAGCGACUCAGAGAAUUAAACACUGAACCUAGAGGAAAAUGGCAAGGAAAGCUGACCUCUUUCAUCUCACUCCUGGACAAAGCCUAUGCCUGGCCACUAAGUAAACUGGGACCAUUCACUGUGCUUUUGCCCACAGAUGAGGGACUGAAAGGAUUCAAUAUCAAAGAGCUCUUGAUGGAUAAGGAGGCUGCUCAGUACUUCGUGAAACUCCACAUAAUUGCUGGGCAGAUGAACACCCAGCGUAUGAAUAACACAGACACUUUCUACACCUUGACUGGAAAGUCAGGAGAAAUCUUCAAUGGUGAUAAUGACAAUCAACUAAAGCUUAAACUCUAUGGAGGCAAAAAUAAUGUAAAAAUUAUACAGGGGGACAUAGUUGCUUCCAAUGGGCUCCUGCACAUCCUCGACAGAGCCAUGGACAAGAUGGCACCCACAUUUGAGAGCAACACUGAGCAAACUAUAAUGACAAUGCUACAGCCAAGAUACAGCAAGUUCAGAUCUUUAUUAGAGGAAACCAAUGUGGGACAUGCCUUAGAUGAAGAUGGGACUGGUGGACCAUACACCAUUUUUGUUCCAAGUAAUGAAGCGUUAAACAAUAUGAAGGAUGGCACUCUUGAUUACCUCCUUUCUCCAGAGGGAUCUCGGAAGCUUCUGGAACUCGUCAGAUACCACAUUGUCCCAUUUACUCAGCUUGAAGUGGCUACUCUCAUUGUGACCCCACACAUUAGGACCCUGGCCAACCAGAUCAUACAUUUCAACACCACCAGCAACGGACAGAUUCUGGCAAAUGAUGUGGCCAUCGAAGAGACAGAGGUCAUUGCCAAAAACGGCCGAAUCUACACCCUGACCGGCGUCCUCAUUCCUCCCUCCAUCAUGCCAAUUCUGCCCCACCGAUGUGAUGAAAGCAAGAGAGAGAUGAAAUUGGGCACCUGUGUGAGCUGCUCUCUGGUGUAUUGGAGCAAAUGUCCUGCUAAUUCUGAGCCCACGACACUCUUCACACACAGAUGUGUCUACACUGGCAGAGUAAGGAGCCUGAAGAGUGGCUGUGCCCGGUACUGCAAUGCCACAGUGCAGAUACCAAAGUGCUGCAAAGGUUUCUACGGGCCUGACUGCAACCAGUGUCCUGGAGGCUUCUCAAAUCCAUGCUUGGGCAAUGGCCAGUGUGUUGACGGCCUCAAUGGCAAUGGGACGUGUGUUUGCCAAGAUGGUUUCCAAGGCUCCCAGUGUCAGUUCUGCUCUGAUCCCAAUAAAUAUGGACCUCGGUGUGACAAAAAAUGUCUGUGCAUUUCCGGAACAUGUAACAACAGGAUCGACAGUGACGGGGCCUGCCUGGAUGGCACGUGCAGAGAAGGCUCUGCUGGGAGGUUCUGCCACAAGCAGACCUCCACCUGCGGGCCCUACAUGCAAUUCUGCCACAUCCAUGCCACCUGUGAAUACAGCAAUGGGACAGCAAGCUGUGUUUGCAAACCAGGAUACAAAGGGGAUGGAAUCCUCUGUUCAGAAAUGGACCCUUGUGCAGAAAUCACGAGGGGGGGAUGCAGCCGAAAUGCAGAGUGCGUCAGAACCGGCAUGGGGACCCACACAUGCGUGUGCCAGCAGGGAUGGACCGGGGACGGCAGAGACUGCUCAGAGAUCAACCACUGCCGGCUGCCAGGUGCUGGUGGCUGCCACGCCAAUGCAACCUGUUUGUAUGUCGGCCCCGGACAGAAUGAGUGUGAGUGCAAGCAAGGAUUUCGAGGAAAUGGGAUUGAUUGUGAAGCAGUCACUUCAUGCUGGGAACAAACUGGGAAAUGUCACCCACUGGCAACCUGUCAGCUUACUCCUUCUGGCCUCUGGAGUUGUGUUUGCCAGGAGGGCUAUGAAGGAGACGGCCUUCUGUGCUACGGAAAUGCAGCCAUGGAAUUGUCAUUCCUCUCCGCAGCAGCUAUAUUUAACCAGUGGAUAAAUAAUGCUUCUCUACAACCCAUGCUGUCAGCUGCCUCAAACCUCACUGUCUUCGUGCCUUCCCAGCAAGCUAUUGAGGACAUGGAUCAAGAUGAAAAAACCUUUUGGUUGUCCAAGAGCAAUAUUCCAGUCCUAAUAAAGUACCAUAUGCUGCUGGGCACAUACAGAGUGGCAGAUCUGCAGGCUCUGUCAUCUUCAGACAUGCUGGCAACGUCUCUGCCUGGCAACUUCCUUCACCUGGCGAAGGCAGAUGGGACUGUCACGAUUGAAGGAGCAUCUGUCAUUGACGGUGACAACGCAGCCACAAACGGUGUGAUACACAUCAUCAACAAGGUUUUGGUUCCCCAAAGAAGCCUAACAGUCUCCUUGCCAAACCUGCUCACCCGGCUGGACCAGAUGCCCAACUAUUCCAUCUUCCGGGGCUACAUCAUUCAAUAUAACCUGGCCAGUGCGAUCGAGGCAGCCAGCACUUAUACUGUGUUUGCUCCAAACAAUGACGCCAUUGAGAAUUACAUCCGGGAGAAAAAGGUCACAACUCUAGAGGAGGACGUAAUCAGGUAUCACGUGAUCUUGGAGGAGAAACUCCUGAAGAAUGACCUGCACCAAGGCAUGCAUCGGGAGACCAUGCUGGGCUUUUCCUACCUCCUCGGCUUCUUUCUCCACGAUGACCAGCUCUAUGUAAAUGAGGCUCCGAUAAACUACACCAAUGCGGCCACUGACAAGGGAGUGAUCCAUGGCUUGGGGAAAGUUCUAGAAAUUCAGAAGAAUAGAUGUGAUAAUAACGACACUACUAUUGUACGAGGAAAAUGUGGAAAGUGUCUCCAGCAACCGGUCUGCCCAUUUGGAACUAAACAACUAGGUGAAGAGAUGAGGAGAUGUAUCUAUACCAUUUAUUUCAUGGGCAAGCGAUCCCUGUUCAUUGGGUGCCAGGCAAAAUGUGUGAAAACCAUAAUUAGGAGAGAAUGCUGUGCGGGCUUCUUUGGUCCCCAGUGUCAGCCCUGCCCAGGAAGAGCUGAGAACGUCUGCUUUGGAAACGGGAUCUGCUUGGACGGAGUGAACGGCACAGGCGUGUGCGAGUGUGGAGACGGCUUCUCAGGCACGGCCUGUGAGACCUGCGUGGAGGGCAAGUACGGCCCCCAUUGCGACCAAGGGUGUUCUUGUGUCCAUGGGAGAUGCAACCAAGGACCCUCGGGCGACGGCUCCUGUGAAUGUGAUGUUGGCUGGCGGGGAGUGAGUUGCGAUACUGAGAUCACAAAAGAUGACUGCAAUGGGAUAUGCCACACGAGUGCCAACUGCCUUCUCAAUCCAGACGGUACAGCCUCUUGCAAAUGCACAGCAGGAUUCCAAGGGAAUGGAACAGUUUGCACAGCCAUCAAUGCCUGUGAGACCAGCAACGGAGGUUGCUCUACCAAGGCUGACUGCAGGAGAACCACCCCUGGAAGUCGGCGGUGUGUGUGCCAGGCAGGCUACACAGGCGAUGGCAUCGUGUGCCUCGAGAUCAACCCAUGUUUGGAGAACAAUGGUGGCUGUCACAAGAAUGCAGAGUGCACGCAGACUGGACCCAACCAGGCGGUCUGUAACUGUUUGCCCAAAUACACAGGAGACGGGAAGGUCUGCACGCUCAUCAACACCUGCCUAACCAAAAAUGGCGGCUGUAGUGAAUUUGCUAUCUGCAAUCACACUGGGCUGGAAGAAAGGACGUGUACUUGCAAGCCCAACUACAUCGGGGAUGGGUUUACCUGCCGUGGCAACAUCUACCAGGAGCUUCCCAGGAACCCAAAAACAUCCCAGUACUUCUUCCAGUUGCUGGAGCACUCUGUGCGAGACCUGAGUGGUCCAGGCCCCUUCACCGUCUUUGCACCUUUAUCUGCAGCCUUUGAUGAGGAACCUCAGAUUAAAGACUGGGACAAACAAGGUUUCAUGCCCCAGGUUCUUCGCUAUCAUGUGAUUGCUUGCCACCAGCUGCUUCUAGAAAACCUGAAGUUGAUCCCAAAUGCAACUUCUCUCCAAGGGGAGUCCAUUGUCAUCUCCGUCUCUCAGGACACGGUGUAUAUAAAUAAUAAGGCUAAGAUCAUAUCCAGUGAUAUCAUCAAUACCAAUGGAAUCAUCCACAUCAUAGACAAAUUGCUGUCUCCCCAAAACUUGCUUUUCACCCCCAAAGAUGCCUCUGGAAGGAUUGUGCAAAAUCUUACAACAGUAGCAACAAACCAUGGCUACACCAAAUUCAGCAACCUACUACAGGAUGUGGGCUUGCUGGGCGUCAUCACUGACCCUAUCCACACUCCCGUCACUCUCUUCUGGCCCAGCGACCAAGCCUUGCAAGCCCUACCCCCCGAACAACAGGAUUUCCUAUUUAACCAAGACAACAAGGACAAGCUGAAGGAGUAUUUGAAGUUCCACGUGAUCCGAGAUUCCAAGAUCUUAGCCGUGGAUCUCCCCAGGGCCGCCGCCUGGAAGACCCUGCAAGGCUCGGAGCUGGGAGUGACGUGCGGAGCUGGCAGUGACAUCGGCGAGCUCUUCCUGAAUGACCAAACAUGCAGAAUUGUGCAGCGAGAACUCUUGUUUGACCUAGGUGUGGCCUAUGGCAUUGACUGCCUCCUGAUUGACCCCACCCUCGGGGGCCGCUGUGACACUUUCGCCACGUACAAUUUUUCGGGAGAUUGUUGGAGCUGCGCCAAUACGCCCAGCUGUCCGAGGUGGAGUAAGCCAAAGGGCGUGAAGCAGAAGUGUCGAUACAACAUGUCCUUCAAAGGGUACCUGGAAGGCUGCCGGGAGCAGUGCACCAUGGUGAUACGGCUCCCCAGGUGCUGCAAGGGCUACUUCGGGCGAGACUGUCAGGCCUGCCCGGGAGGAGCGGAUGCCCCCUGCAGUAACCGCGGUGUCUGCCUCGAUCAGUACUCAGGCAUAGGCGAGUGUAGAUGCAACACAGGCUUCAAUGGGACGGCAUGUGAGCUGUGCCUGCCGGGGAGAUUCGGGCCUGACUGUCAGCCUUGUGGCUGCUCAGCCCACGGACAGUGUGAUGAUGGCCCCACGGGCUCAGGGCAGUGCUUCUGCGAAACGGGGUGGACUGGCCGCUUCUGCGACACUCAGACAGCCUUGCCCUCCGUGUGCACACCUUCUUGUUCUGCUCACGCCACCUGUAAGGAGAACAACACGUGUGAGUGUAACCUGAAUUAUGAGGGGGACGGAAUCACGUGCACAGUUGUGGAUUUCUGCAAACAGAACAACGGGGGCUGUGCGAAGGUGGCCAGGUGUUCCCAGAAGGGCACAAAGGUGUCCUGCAGCUGUCUGAAGGGCUACAAGGGGGACGGUCGCAGCUGCACGGAGAUAGACCCCUGUGCCGAUGGCCUCAACGGUGGGUGUCACGAGCAUGCCACCUGCAAGAUGACCGGCCCGGGCAAGCACAAGUGUGAAUGUAAAAGUCAUUACGUGGGAGAUGGGACAGACUGUGAGCCAGAGCAGCUGCCUAUCGACCGAUGUUUGCAGGACAACGGGCAGUGCCAUGCCGAUGCCGACUGUGCCGAUCUCCACUUCCAAGAUACCACCGUCGGAGUGUUCCAUCUCCGCUCCCCACUGGGCCAGUACAAGCUGACCUUUGACAAAGCCAAAGAGGCCUGUGCCAACGAGGCAGCAAGCAUGGCAACCUACAACCAGCUCUCCUAUGCCCAAAAGGCCAAGUACCACCUCUGUUCAGCAGGCUGGCUGGAGAGUGGGCGGGUGGCCUACCCCACAGCCUACGCCUCCCAGAACUGUGGCUCUGGCGUUGUUGGAAUAAUAGACUACGGACAAAGAAACAACAAGAGUGAAAUGUGGGAUGUCUUCUGCUAUAGGAUGAAAGAUGUGAACUGUACUUGCAAGGCGGGCUACGUGGGAGAUGGCUUCUCAUGCAGCGGCAAUCUGUUGCAAGUCCUGAUGUCUUUCCCUUCACUGACGAACUUCCUCACAGAGGUGCUGGCCUAUUCCAACCGCUCAGCCAGAGGCCGGGCAUUUCGGAACCACCUGACGGACCUGUCGACCCGCAGCACCCUCUUUGUGCCGCACAACGGCGGGCUGGGGGAGAACCAG